AUGCGCUCUGCAAUCUUUGCUUCAACGGUUCUUGCCCUGUCACUUGCAGUUUCAGGCUGCGUGGGAACUGUCUCUAGUGGUCCGGGAACUUACAUGGGGCCGGGCUAUGUGUCUUCUGGUGUAAUUCGAAGUGACAAUGGUGUCCGACUCAUCCGGCGCGGUGACAACAUGUAUUUCAACGGCCAUCGUGGCUACCGCAAUCCGCGCAACGGAUACCGUUCCUAUCAGGGCUACUGGUUCCCGGGCUCGGCUUUUGUCGGGAUGGUCACCAUCAAUGGCGGCUACCAACAGGAUCGGCCAAGAUAUGGCGGCAACACGCACGUCACUUGGUGCUCCGACCGCUAUCGUUCCUAUCGGAUGAAUGACAACACCUUCAAUACCGGACCUGGUCGCCGCACUAUUUUUCAAUAUGACGCAAGCCGAACCGCAAACCGCCUCGGCUUGGAUCGCCUUUUACAAAGGAGUUUCCCCAUGAGCCUCACGACCAUUCUCAUCAUCGUUCUCAUCCUGGCCCUCGUCGGCGCAUUGCCAAGUUGGCCGCACAGCGCCAACUGGGGAUAUUUUCCGAGCGGCGGGCUGGGAAUCGUAUCAACAAUGCUUGGCCUUGCCGCCGCAGCAAUCCUUGGCGGCGGCAUAUGGUACAGUUUGCCGCUUGUCCGCGGCGUCCUCAUCGUUCCGGCGAUUGUAGUCCAGUCGGAUAUAGUUCAGACGCUCGUUGCCACAGGCCGGGUUGAAACACCGUCAGUUGUUUCACUUGGCCUGGCAACAGGCGGAACGGUUUCCACGGUUGCCGCGUCGGAAGGGGACCAUGUUGCCAAGGGCAAAGUCCUUGUCACACUUGAUGACAGUGAUGCUCGCGCCAUCUUGGAACAGGCCGAGGCGGCAGUGCACCAGUCGCAAGCCAAACUUGCGCAGAUCGGCGGAAACGGACUGGCUGCCGCCACUGAAGCGCUUGCGCAAGCUCGCGCAACGUUCAAGAACACACAGCAGAAGUACGUUCGCGUCAGCCAGCUGGCGGUCUCGGGUCUGGUCAGCGAUGCAACGCUGGAUGACGCCAAGCAGGCACAGGAUAUUGCAAGCUCGCAGGUUCGCAAUGCGGAAGCUGCAGUUGCCACGGCCUCUCCAAAAGGCGCGGAUUUCCUUCUCGCCCAGUCUGCGCUGGAACAGUCCAAUGCCCUUGCCCGC